GUUGACUAGAGGCCAAGGAAAAUAGCGGCUUUCGAGAGAUGUUCUCUCUCUCUUAAUUGUCAAAGCAAAAGAAAAUUUUGCAACGAAUUCUAAAGAAAAUGUAAUCUCAUGUAGUGAUCCAUAAAUACACAUACAUACAUACAUAAUAAAGAUGUACAAAUGUGGGAAAACUAGGCUAAACGUACGAAACGUAUAACGUCUUCAACGUGAUUCACCCUCUCGAUCUCGUUUUUUCCCAGUUCCAUUACUCUCAUUUUUCUACCGGAAUCCCGUUAAUAAUAGACAUUUUUGCCGGUCGUCGAGAAAUGGGGGAAGAUCCACAAGGAAGUAUACCCGCCGGAUCCGCCGCCGAUCAUCUACCUCUUCAAGACAGGGUAGCCAUCGUCACGGGCGGCUCUGGCGGAAUCGGACGGGCAAUUGCCCUCCACUUAUGCUCCCUGGGAGCCCGAAUCGUCGUCAGCUACUCCUCCAAUUCCGGUAAAGCUGAACAAUUAGCUUCCCAAAUCAACGCCGCCGCCUCCGCCCCCUCGCCAACUCGCGCCGUCACAGUUAAGGCUGACGUGUCCGACCCGAAUCAAGUAAAAACCCUGUUUGAUGCCGCGGAGUCGGCCUUUAAUUGCCCCGUUAACAUAUUCGUCAACUCCGGCGCCGUUUUCCAUGCGAAGAAUCCAUCCAUUGCCGAGACCUCCGUGGAGGAUUUCGACCGGAUUUUCAGCGUGAAUGCCCGGGGAGCAUUCCUGUGCUGCCGGGAGGCCGCCAACCGGAUUAAACGGGGCGGCGGAGGAAGAAUCAUAUGUAUCACGUCGGCGACGACGGCGGCGUUGAGACCUAACUUCGGUGCUUACACCGCAUCCAAGGCGGCGGUGGAGGCCAUGGUUCCGAUACUGGCCAAGGAACUCAAAGGGACUGGGAUUACGGCUAAUUGCGUGGCCCCCGGAGCCACCGCCACGGAGUAUUUCUUCAUCGGGAAGACGGAGGAGAUGUUGAAAAUGCUGGUGAGUGAGAACCCGCAGGGAAGGCUGGGAUUGCCGGAAGACAUAGCUCCGAUGGUCGGGUUCCUGGCAACCGAUGCCGGCGGCUGGGUCAAUGGACAGGUUAUUCGGGUUAAUGGCGGCGUUAUCUGAGAGAUGGGUAUUCAUUAUUGACCAUUUCCUAUUGGCCCUUGUUUUUUAGGCUGUUUUUUAAAUUUUCUUUACUGCCAGAAAAACAGAAAAUGACGUUAAAAUUGUAGCCAUCCAAUACAUCUCCCUCGCGGCUAUAAAGCUCAAUCAUAUCAUUAUAAUUCAAUUCACGUUGCAGCAAUAAUGAUUGAGAAUAAUUAAGUUUGAACAAGUCUUUUUUUUUUUUUUUUCUUUUUUAGGGAAGUUUGAACAAGUUUAUAUAAGAAAAAAUUAGAAGAUACUUUAUCCUUCCGAAAUUAAGGUCCCAUAUAUAUGAUUUAAGUAUCUCCUGAACUUCGCCUGUUAACUGUUGAGAUAUGAGUGUCAUCUUGUUAACUUCUUUAGCUUCUGCCUUUUUCUUCUUUUUUUUUCUUUUUUUUUUUCUUGAGAAAAAAGUCACUUUUAUUGAAAAUCAGCUAGUCCUGAUUAAUAAAGGAAAGGAAAUCGGACACUCUGUAUCAAGACAUUAGUUUCGGUAACUUCCGAUUUAUUAUAAGAAGCUAUACAAUGUGUCAUCAUAUUAUCUGUUUCAAGGAUCCAAAAGGUAUAUUUGAACGUUUAAUUGAUAUCAAAUUUUGAAUUUCGAAGAGAAUAUAUACUCAAUAGGUUCCCCCAAAGCCGCUAGAAUUGCCUUCUUCUUACUCGAAUAUUCUCUCAUUUUUAAAAGAAAAAAGUUCAAGUUUUUGAAAUUAAAAUCUUAAUUAAAAUUAGAUUUAUAGUAUCUGAAUAAUAAUAAAGUAUAAAAGUGAUAAAUAGACUUGCUACUUUUAGAAUUGAUUUUUCCAUAUUAAUUAAGUUUCCAAUUAAAAAGAUCAAGUCAUACUGCAACUUUUAUAAUUUCACUAGAAUUUAGCCGUGCGUUGCACGAACUAUUUUAACUUUUGAGUUAUUGUUACAAAUAUUUAUUAUCAUAAGUGUUGAUGUUAGUGUAAGAGAUUGUUUCGUUAAUGGAUUUGGAGUCAGGAUUCGGAUUCAGAAUCAUUCGCAUUCGAAUGUUUGGUUAGUUGGUUUCGAAUACAAUAGAAUGGGUUGAAUCCGAAAGAAUCAAUCAUGCCUCCCCCUCAAG